CCGGGGGAAGCAGAAGGGGACCAAAAUCCUACAUUCUACGUUAAUAUCUGGAAAAUCUUAUAUUUCACAAGGCGGAAAUCUGAAUCAAAUUCGAGGAAGAAAAAAAUAACCAAAGUUUAUUGAAAAAAUACAUACGCAGAGUAAGAUUAAAAACCGUCCUCCUUGUACCGAAUCGACGAGCGAGGUGCAGCGGAUUUUGUACAGUAAAUGCAAGCAUUUUUUUAAAGGGAUCAUCGAGAGCGAUUCUGUCACAAACCGAUAUUCCACCGUUGCUUAGCAACCAAGGGAAAACAACCAACAACAUGAAAUACUGUAUAUGAAAGUGUAGGAAGUGGUCCUCUUGCUGCUUGCCCCCGGGUUGCGAGGUGCCGGAACGCCGGCGCGCGCGCACAGCGGCAGCGGGCGGCGCGCCUCUUCCCGGUUCGCGCGGUGUGAAACGCUGAGGACACGGCGGACAUCGGCGGCCGUUUGAGCGCGACUGUAAUGCGUGUGCUCGGCCUCGGCGCUAGGAAGUGAAGCGGUAAAAGCGUUGCUGGAGUGUAAAAGGAGCGGUUGUCCGACUCGAGGAGGAGGAGCGGACUGAGUCACUGCGCGCGGACCCACAGUCAGUCAGGUGUAAUGGAGGCGACGUCGGCACUCGGCCUGAAGCGCAAGUUCGAGGAAGUGGACAGCGGCUCUCCUUACUCCACACCCAAGGACUCCGAUGACGACAUCUCCAGCAGCGACAGCGCUGACAGCUGCGACAGCCUCAAUGCCCCCUCCACCACCUCGCUCUUGCCGCCCUCCAUCCUCCGGCGACACAAGGCUUCACCGGGCCCCAAGCGGGUGCGCUUUGACGCCGUCACUGUGUACUACUUCUCACGCCGCCAGGGCUUCACCAGCGUGCCCAGCCAGGGUGGCAGCUCCCUGGGUAUGGCCCGCCGCCACAGUGCCGUUCGCCGCUACACUCUGGGAGAGUUUGCACGCCAGCAGGAGCGCAGCCACCGCCAGGCUCUGCGCCAGCACCUGCGCAUGGAAAAACUCAACGCCCGCAAGCGGAAGCUGACCCGGAAUGGCACAGUAGCAUGUGCCGCCGCUGACGCGCUCACCCUGGAGGACGUGUCAGACGAGGACCUCGAUGUGGAGGGUGUGACAGUGGAUGACUGCUUCUUCCUGCAGCCGCUGCCCACCAAGCGACGGCGCGCUCUCUUGCGGGCCUCGGGCAUUGCGCGCAUUGAUGCCAGCGAGAAGGCUGAACUGCGUGCCCUGCGCCUUUCCCGCGAGGAGUGCGGCUGCGAUUGCCGCUCCUACUGUGACCCGCGGCGCUGUGGCUGCAGCCAGGCUGGCAUCAAGUGCCAGGUGGACCGAAUGUCCUUCCCAUGCGGGUGUUCGCGGGACGGCUGCGGCAACGCUGCAGGCCGCAUCGAGUUCAACCCCCUGCGUGUGCGGACCCACUACUUGCACACUAUCAUGAAGCUGGGCCUGGAGAAGAAGAGGUCACAGGAACUGCCAGUUGGAGAGGGCUUUGAAGCCCAGGAACUUUCAUCUGCCUCAGCUGCUACCCACUCUGAGCCCACGGACCCCUGUGAGGUGGAACUGGUGUCGGGCUCCCUGGCCGUACCGGCGGUGGGUCCCGAAGCGGACCUCGCGGCUCAGCCGGACAGCCUGGCCCUGGAAAACGAGGCCGCUGUGCUGCACCUGCAGAGCGCUGAGGAAUGGGAGAGGAGGCGGGAGGAGGAAGAGGCCCACGGAGGCCUGAGCGACCCAGGGCUGUGCCUGCUGUCGGAAGCCCCGCGGGACGGGGCCGUCGAGCAGGGCCCGGAGCCCUUCAUAAUCCAAGGAGCCUUCCCCACAGGAACCCCUCUGCUGUGCUUCACAGAAAACCAGCUGGAUGCUCAUGACUCGUCCCUGUUGAAGGAAUCAUCCUCGCUGGUUUACUACCAUAUGGGCCCUGUGGAGCCUGCAGCCUUUCAGGAGGCACGCGUUGAAGGAGGAGGAGAGCGUGAGGAAGAAGCAUUUGAGGUCAUGGGAUGCCAGCAGGACUUGGAGGAGAAUCCGACAAUUGCGGUUUCAUGUUCUGAAAGCGGCGCAGGGAGUGGGGAGGGACAGUCUGCCUUUGAACAGGGGUCCCUGCAAAGACCCUUGGGGCCCCAGAGCCAGUGCCAAGGAGACCCCUGUUCUGCCUUUGAAGGUGAAGGAAACUCACUGCCUUCUGAGGUCUAAUUUCCUUAUGUUUUGCAGAUGUUUUGCACAAAGCAUAUUGCCUACCUUAAGUAGUAUACGAAUAUCACUUAAUAUAAAAUAGUAGGAACGAUAAUUAUAGUGAAGCAUGUAUAACAGAAAAUAAUAUAGAGGGAAGUCCUUUUGAGGGGACAGAUGACUCUUCAUUUCCCACUGUGCAAUCUCUCUGAUCAGAAGGAAAUUAACUGUAUUGGCUGAUUCAGAAAGGAAAGCUUUUUCCAUGGAGAGAGAGAAAGAGAGAGAGAGAGGGAGCAUUUCAGGGUUAAUUAGUGGUUCCAGUCUUUAACCCAGAUUAAGCUGACUUUUUUUUUUUUUCUCUCCCUUCUCCCCCUCCCAUCUGUUUGUGUCUUAUCGUGUCCACCAUGUGUUUUAAUGUUCAAAAUGUUGAAGGUCAGCUGUGUGUUUUGAGACUGUAGGUGAACCACUGAUUUAUCCCUGUCUGCCAAAUUGGC